UAGCGUUAUCACAAUAAAUCAACAACAUGGAAGCUCCCGGUUCCUUUUCCUUCAAAAUGUUAUUUUGCAAACUUAUUGUUAUUUUUGCAUGUUUGCAGAGUUAUAGAUGUAAUAGUGAGGAGAAAGUUGAGGAAUUCUUCAAGAGUGGACACACAAAUAAUUGGGCAGUUCUGGUAGAUACUUCUAGAUUCUGGUUUAAUUACAGACAUGUUGCUAAUGUGUUGUCUAUAUACCGUAGUGUCAAAAAAUUAGGAAUUCCAGACAGCCAUAUAAUUUUAAUGAUAGCUGAUGACAUGGCUUGCAAUCCUAGAAAUCCUCGACCAGCCACAGUGUUUAAUAAUGCAAACCAGCAUAUCAAUGUAUAUGGAGAUGAUGUAGAAGUGGAUUAUAGAGGUUAUGAGGUAACAGUAGAGAAUUUUAUAAGAGUUUUAACAGGACGAUUGCCACAAAGUACACCACCAUCUAAACGUCUGAGUUCUGAUGAACGAAGUAACAUUUUGGUGUACAUGACAGGACAUGGAGGAGAUGGGUUUCUCAAGUUUCAAGAUGCAGAGGAAGUAUCCAAUGUAGAACUGGCUGAUGCAUUUGAACAAAUGUGGCAAAAACAAAGAUACCAUGAGGUAUUCUUUAUGAUUGACACAUGUCAAGCUGAGUCAAUGUUCCAGCUUUUUUAUUCUCCUAAUAUUUUAUCUGUAGCUAGUAGCCAUGUUGGUGAAGAUUCUUUAUCACAUCAUGUAGACUCUAGUAUCGGUGUAUAUGUAAUUGACAGAUACACAUACUAUGCUUUAGAAUUUCUGGACAAGGUGACACCAGAUAGUAAAAAAACUAUGGGACAAUUUUUGAAAGUUUGUCCAAAGAAUUUAUGUAUAUCAACAGUAGCCACUAGAACAGAUUUAUUUGCCAGAGACCCAAACAAAGUCUUACUAACAGAUUUCUUUGGUAGUGUAAGGAAUGUUGAACCUUUAGCCAAGACCAUCAAACUUGUAAAUAAAACAGAUCAAUGCACUAAAGAUAGCUGUCAAGAUAAAAUAGAGCCUGAAGAUCAAGAUCUAGAGCCUUUAUCAUAUGCAGAACAAUUUCCAAUGCCUAAAUGAUUUAUAUGGUGGAAGGGAACUUAAAACUUCUGUGAUACAAUUCAUGAUAGCAGGCCAAGUAAUCAAUGACUUAGUAAGAAUGACUUUGAGGUGGUCUUAGAAACAGCACACUGGCCCUGUGAUUGAAGAUCUUAUGGCUAAAGAAUGAUGACAUUUAAUGAUUGUGAUGAAUAGUUCUUUUGAUUUAAAUUUGUAUUUUUUGUGUUUUAUGCCCCACCUAUGAUAGUAGAGGGGCAUUAUGUUUUCUGGUCUGUGUGUCCGUUCGUCUGUUCAUCCAUCCGUCCGUCCGUCCGUCCGUCCGUCCGUCUGUCCCGCUCCAGGUAAAAGUUUUUGGUCAAGGUAGUUUUUGAUGAAGUUGAAGUCCAAUCGACUUCAAACUUGGUACACAUGUUCCCUAUGAUAUGAUCUUUCUAAUUUUUAUGCCAAAUUAGAGAUUUCACCCCAAUUUCACAGUCCACUGAACAUAGAAAAUGAUAGUGCGAGUAGGGCAUUUGUGUACUGAGGACACAUUCUUGUUUUUUUAUAUUUCUUAUAUAAGUGACAGUUUAUAGAGUUAUAACAUGAUUUAUCAUUCAAUUAUGACCUCCAUUAGAAAUAAAUAUUCAAAAUGAUUAAACAGAGAAUAUGUCAAUUUCCAAGAGACUGUAGGUAAAAGAAAUUUUAAUGAUUUAAACAUUUCUUUUUGACCGCAAAAGGUUUUUUUUACGGUUAAUAGGACUGCAAAAUUUAAAAAAAUUGGUAUAUUGGUAUCAUGUCGUUGUCAGCGUCGUCCGAAGAGGGAUUGUUUCCGGAUAAUAACUUUUGAAUAAGUUAAAAGAAAUCAGUAAAAUUUUAACACAAUGUUUAUAACCACAAAAGGAAGCUUGGGAUUGAUUUUUGGGGUUAUGGUUUUAACGGUUUAGGAAUUAGGGGCCCAAAGGGGCCAAAAAACAGAAUUUAUCUAGUUUCAGGACAAAAAGUUGUGUAUUAGUAUUUCAAUUGUUCUGAAAUUGUACCACAAUGUUUAAUACCAUAAGUAGAAGGUUGGGACUUAUUUUCUAGCCUUCGACUUUAGUCGAAAAAGGGAGACUAAGAGAUCCUGCAUUCUGUCGUCGUCAGUUUCGUUGUCAGAAGCGAAAACAAAUAUUCACUCUGUGGUUAAAGUUUUUGAAAUUUUAAUAACUUUCUUAAACUAUACUGGAUUUGUACCUGUGUAUUUGUAUUUUACUUAUAAAUGGACUUAGCUUUUCUUCCAGUUAACAUUAUAACAGUCUGUAGUUAAAGUUUUUAAAACAUUUAUUAGAUUCAUAAACUAUCCUGGAUUUUUACCAAACUUGGACAGAAGCUUCUAACAAUCAAAAGAAAGUAUCAAGAGAAAUAUUUUCAUUAUUUUUUUUCCUCAUUUUUGUCUGCCUGCAAUUUAAAGCAAAGGUAGGCGAGACAAUGGGUUCUACGGAACCCUUACGAAUAUUUUCAAGGGGUUAUUGGUCAAACAAACUAGGAAUUAAGGGCCAAAAAGUGGUCAAAACAAGCAUUUUUCUAGUUUCAAGACAAUAACUUGUGGGUAACUGUAUGGACAUCUCUGACAUUGUCCCACAAGUUUUUAUACAACACAGGGAAGGCUGGGAUUCAUUUUGGGGUUAAUUUUCCCCAAUAUGUAGGAAGAAGGGGCCAAAAAAGGGCCAAAAAGAAACUUUUUCAAGUUUACAGACAAUAACUUGUGUUUAAGUAUAUGCAUCUCUAUAGAUUUUUACAAGAAGGUUCAAUGCCGCUAAAGGAAGGUUGGGAUUGAUUUUGGGGGUUAUGGUCCCAAUAGUUUAGGAAUUAGGGGCCCAAAAUGAUAAUUUUUGUAUAUUUCAAACAAUAACUUUAAUAUGUUAAAGUGUAUGAAUCUCUCUGAAAUUAAACCACAAGUUUCCAUACCAUAAAGUGAUGGUUAGUUUUGACUUUGGGGGGUUAGGAUCAAAUGUCUUGGAAUUGGGGACAAAAAGGGGAAAAAACUAGGUAUUUCUGGUCAAUGGACAAUUAAGACAAUUUAAAAGCAGUGUAAGGGAGGUAAUUCUAAAACAUUUAGCAUACAAUGUUGGAUAUGUUCAUAUUUACCUCCCUUACACUACUUGUAUACUAUGUAUAAACGUCAGGUUUUGGACUUAUUGCAAAAAAAGGGUGGUGGGAGUGGUGGUAGUUGUUUCAUUUUAUUUUUUUUCAAAUUUUUAAAAACUUAAAAGAAGAAAUCUUUUAUUGCACAAUAUUGAGCAAAAGAUUUUUUAGAUCUUGACAUUUGUUUUCUGUCAGAAACUCAUAUUAUGUCAACAUGUGAUCACAAUCCAAAUUCACAGCUGUAUCAAGCUUGAAUGUUGUGUCCAUACUUGCCCAAACUGUUCAUGACUUCUGCGGUCGUAUAAAGCUGCAGAGCACCUGGUUAUAUUGACUUAUGAUGUAGACCAUAAUUGUUUUAUUAUACUGAACUAAUUAUGAGGAAAUGCAAAUUUUUUGCAUAUAUUGUGUUUAUGGAGUCUUUUUAUUAGAGGACAUUUUCUAUGUCUGGUAAAAACUGCAACAGAAUAUUGUAGCUGUCACCAUUAUUAUUAGACAACUUGGAAUUUUUCUACAUGCAAAAGCUUAUGGAUUUCAAAUGGUUUUUUUAACAUGCACAUUCCGUGACAUUUUUUGUUUGCCUAUUCCCAGUUUCCUGUAGAAAUAAAUGAAUUAUUUCAAAUAAUUGCACAUUCCUGAACAUUUAUUUGCAAUAUCCUGC